GAGACGUUGGCAUUUCUGGCAUUUCGUUGGCUCUCGUUUGGCAGAUGGGAAAAAUGAAUUGAUCGAAAAGAAAAAUCUUUGCCAGGAUUAUUCUGAAUGAUGUCAUUUGAGUGAUCUGCGAUCGAUAAAAAGUAUUAGUUUUGUUUGUUUGUAAUAUAUUUUAGUUAGAAAAAUGGCUUCGCGUGGUGGUGUUAUGGUGACUGGUACGAACGGUGCCGAUUUCGAACACAGAGAGAAAAUAGCAGCACAAUAUCAGAUUAGUGCUUUAAACAAGUCUCGUCUGAAGUACUGUGUGUUCUUCCACCACAUCAUGUUCCUGGUGAUGCUGGCCAAGCUCUCCGCAGACAUACUGGACAAACUCGACAUAUUUAUACUGGAGAUUGAAGAACUGCAGAUUCCACAGCCUCUCUGGUGGGAAUACAUAUGGUGCCUAUCCCUGCUACUCUCGUUCCUGGGCCUAUCAGCGAUCAAACGCAACAACAUCCGUCAGCUCAGACGGUACAUAUACGGUAUCACAGCGCUCGGCUUCGGCCCAUUACUUUACUGUGUGCUAUACUACUGUGGGGAUGUGUGGAGGUACCUGACGAUGGACGAGGAUGAGGAUGACAGCAGCGAGGUGGACAUUGAGCUCUGGCAGGUAGGUGGCUACCCCUACGGUCUGCUGUGGUACGCAUUCGUGCUGCUGGCAUCACAGAUCCACUUCUUCCAGCUGUACUUCUCCUACAACCUGCUGAAGGCGUGGCGCGCCAGGGGGGCGCUGAGGAAAGCCGACUAGAACACACACACAUAAGGUCCACUUUCCCCUGACCACUGCCCGAGUGAAUGUCAGCGGCUAUGGAAAUAGUUGUGAGGUGAAACUGAAAUAGUUAUAUUGUUAAGAACUGAAUUUUAGAGGGAUUUGUUACAUGACAAACUGGGGUUAAACUUGUUGUAAAUCAUUUGACGUUUUUAUAGCACAAAAAAUUAUGUUGAUGUUCUUGUUGGUUAAUUUUGCUAAUCUGAAGUUGGCCUUUUGACGCCUCGAGCCUCACGCUUUAGUGUAUUUUGACUGUCAUGAAGUCACUAUUGGCCAACUUCAGAUAAGUAAUAUUACUGCUAGGUAGUGUGAUUCUUUGAGAGAGUCUAAUAUUAUAGAUCCGUGUAGCUAAAACAUUCACCUAAAUUGCCGUAAAAUUAAAAAUGUCGUAAUCUAGUCGACAUUGAAUGAUUUUUGGCCGUCCGUUUAUAAUACUCUAAAUAAUUUAAGCCUUUGACUAUAUUUUACUUGACAAGUUAUGUUUUGUAGUAUUUAUUCAGUUCACCUAUAAUUAGAUAAUAUAUUCGAUAAUACUACACUCUAAAAAUGUCUCAUUUGUGUUCCGAUAUGUAAAUGUACUUAAAUACUUUUAAAUUGGUUAUCAUUAAAAGACAAUAGCCUAUUGUUUAGAUAGAUUGACGUUUCAACGUUCUCGUCUUUUAAAUAAAUAAUUCAUUUCAUUAACAUAACAUUAUAUAAAUACACGACAUAAUGUAGGCUUAUUAUGUCAUCCAAGUAGAUAAUUUUGUGAAAUAUACGUUGAAAAAAUUACUUUCUGAUUAAUUGAUCAAAAAAUCAACAAAGUGAUGCAUUUUUCAACGCAGCAUUUCAUUUUACGCAAUAACGAUUGUGCAAUGUAUUAAGUAUUUAAGGAAAGAAAAUGUAAUUCAAUGUCUAUUUUAGAUACAUAUGUGGUAGUUUUUUUAUAGUCAAUAUUCAUAGAUUUGAAGCGCAAAUGACAUUUUGAUGACGACUGGGUUUUACUCAAUUUUUGUACGGUUGUGUUUUAAAUGCCCCAAUAAUAAUAGUAGAAAAUAAAUGCAACAUAAAAUUAAGUGUAAUCCAGUCGAAAAUAUAUUUUUCAAUCCAUAUUUAACAUACUUAGCACUGUAAAUAAAUACUUACAUUGAUGUUCUAGAUUCUAGAACGUAAUUUGAAAUUAAAUGAACCGUUUGGUGUAUUCAAAAUGGCGGCUUUUAUCAAGAUGGCGGGUAAAAAGCUAAAUAAAAGUAGUGCAAAAAUUUGACUGAAUACAUAGUUGAAUUUUACAUAGUUUUAAACAAAGUUACUUAUGCUAAGAGUAAGUGUGAAGCGACGUUAUUUAUUAGUUACAAUAUUAUUUUGUAACUAAGAUUGUAGACACUUGGAGGUGCCACGAUAGAAUGAGUUUUUU